ACACAAGCAAAGAAACUCCCAGUCAUAGUCAAGCUCAAGCAAUUCCUCAUCAGAUAGCAAAGGGUAUUAUAAUAAAAUCACGAGAGGGAACAUGGGGAAACUCGAAUAAGAAAGCCAGUCUCCAGAAUCAGCGCCCUGACACAGUCUUAAUGGUAAUGCUACCCCAGCUAUGAGCAGUUAGUUGCAUGGCCUUUUUCACAUGACAAGCAACCAAAGGUAAGUUCGUCACCACAAAACAACCUCCGUAAGAGAGAGAAAGCGACCCCUUUAAUCCUUCACAACAACAAGAAUCCAUUUUCGUUCAAUCUCUGGGUGAGACUGAGAGUAAUGGCUUCCAAUAAAGGCAACCAUGGCGGCGGCAGCGGAGGAAACAGAGGAAGGUCAUACGCGCUGAUGCUGUUACUGGCAUUUGGAGCUGCAUUGCUUGGGGUUAUGGUGCUUCACAAGCUCAGAGAAAGGCGUAUUUACAGCCUUCUGGUGAAAGAGAAAGAUCGCGAUCUCCUUGCUCUUCAGCAUCUCUUGCAGAAGGAAAGAGAUCAUACGAAAGAGAUGAAGAAGAAGAAUGAAGAAAUGAGGGCGAAGAUAUACUCCCUGAGGAGUCAAAAGAUGGAGCUUGACAGAAGGGUUCUGGAGAUGAAAUCGACGAUGGAUUCGCUGAAAGAAGAGCAGAGAGUGAUGGAAUCUGCAUUCGAAGAGAAGCAGAAUGAGACCAAAAUGCUUCGAGAGAGAGUGAGCGAUUUGGGUAGAGAAAAUCCUGAAUUAGCAGCUUUAAGGGAGAAAUUUCAGCGGAAGGAAGCAGAGAUGAGGGACUUGAAGCACCGCUUUGAAAAGGCAUUUAAGAGCCGCGGAGUAAGCAGUAAUAAUUCAACCAUCCUUCCAGAAGUAGUGUCAGAAAAUGGAACAGUGGCAGCACACGAGAAAACUCAGACCGAAAAUAAACAAAGGGACGAGCAAUCGCAUGAUCAAGCUACCAAAUAUGAGGGUGACAAGCUUAUUGCGAAUGAAGAUGCAAGCAAAAACCAAUUGAUCAAGUUUGAUGCUGGAGAUGAAAUUCAAACGAGAGAGGGGAAUAAAGAUACACUGACUGAGCCGAUUGAGCAAAAUAAGAGGCAAGAAACUCUGCAAGUUGACGGUGGUGCCGGUGACACUACAAACGAAAUGAACGAGAAAAUCGGGGCUGGUGAAGAAAAUGCAUCAAUCAGACAAGAGCAGGGAGGAAAAUUUGAGAAUGAUACAACUGGAGGAGGUCAGGAAUUCAGUUUGAAGCAAUUGGAAGAUAACCCCAAAAUUCCUUAUGAUGAGAAAAGGAAACAUGUCCGUAUGGGUAGAACAAAGGGGAAGAGAUGGGGAACGAUUGUCAAGAACAGUUUACUGGGAAACAAUGGGAUCACCGAAAGUCAUGGAGUUGUAAAUAUAAGAAGCAGAAAGCUUACCAGAGAUCAGCGAAAUGAGAAAAACAAUGAAAGGGAGGAAGAGGAAAUGGGCAAUGACAAUCCCAGCAAAAACAAAGCAGAAGAACAACUGCAGAAGCCUGGAAGCCAUGACGAUAUACAAGAUAACGGAAACCAAACAGUAAAUGAGAUAAGCCACCAGGUGACCGAUAAUGAUAGUGGCGAGCGCCAAAGGAAAAAGAUAUUGGAUGAGGACAGUCAGUCAGAAAAGGAAGAGGAAAGUGGAGUAGAACAAAGCUGGAGUAGAAGGCAUGUCAACUUAACAGAAAUGAACGCCGGGCGUGAAAAGCCUAGCACGCCUGAUAAAGAACUUGAAGAACCAGAAGCUGCAGAUGUAGAAGAAGAGAAAGAUGACAUCAACCGGGUUGGUGACGAAGAUAAAGAUGAUGAUUUCUCUAAGGAAUCCCAGCCCGACUCAGCAGAUGAGAAUGAGUAAAAAGGGGAAAUGCACGAGGUAGAGUUUCAGGCGGGUUUAUGAUGAUACUAUAAAUUCAAUUAUGUCCUGUUAGGAUAAAAUAGCUGGUAUCAAGUUUGAUGUGAUAAAAAACUAUUAGCGCUAAAUAGCAUAGUGUCUUAUCAAGUACAUAUCAGUAAACCAAGCUGCACUUCAAGAGGUUCAGGCUCUCUUUUUAAACUUGUGCAGCCUUUGCUUUGAAAAUCAAAGACGCAACGGGCAAGUAUACG